AUGGAAUCUAUAGACGAUCGUUUGCAUCUCUUCCAAGACCGCAUGUGUGGGGAAGUGAAGCGUAAACUUUACUCUGGAAGGAAGUACGAUCCAGAAAUCAGGAUUGAAAUUCCUGUGGAAGAGGAUGUUUUCGAAGUGAGUAUUGCGGCUCGUGCAAGAAGGGAAAGAAACAAGCAAGUCUAUCGGAUUUGUAAUCACUACCUAGACACCUUUCUGGGGGUCAAAUGGGAUGGAUGGAUUUUAAACGUAAAUGGUGAUUAUGCUUAUGUGACAGAAGGAACUGUGAGAUUUUGGUUUACAGAAAGGAACCCUAUGAUAGAAUACAAGCUCAUAGGGGGAAAGUAUGUGAGGUCAGAAAUUGAAGAUGACCAUCAGCUUGUUUUUACUUCUGUUCGUGGAGAUGGAAAUAGACAUUAG